GCAGCACUAUGCAAAUAUACAGAAAUUCAAUACUGGAUUUUGCAGAAUUUUGCUUUGUUUCUCUUUCUUACAAAUUGUACGAUAUUGCUUGACAGAUGUUAGUUUAUAACGAUGAAUACAUUAAAUUUCUAUAACUUAUUUCAUUAUCAUAUCGUAAUCUUACUGAAAUGCUAAAGUGUGUGCAAUUUGUGACAACGCGUUUGUUGUAUGUGCUAUGUAUGACGUUCAUCAAUAGUGAUAAUGAUAACCUACACGAUCCCUCUUUAGCGAAGUACAUAACCGAUAUUGUAAUUAGUCCGGCCGCGUGUUUAUAAACUUGUUUAAUAUUACCAGUUCGCAGAAAAGUUGUAACCGCACACGUAUCAAUAUCUAAUUACAACCUCGGGUGAUUAAGUGUCGGACAAGGAGGCUGUGACUCUGUGAGGGUUGUAGGUACUUACGUUGUGAUUGUGAUAGAUGAUAGUGGUGUAGUGGGUGGUGGCGAGGUGACGGGGCGAGGUGGCGCGACUCGCGAGUUAUGCCCGUCGCGGUGAUGCAGAGGCAUGGUAGACGCGGCUGCGGAGCGCCGGGCCGCUGCCGCUGCCGCGGUCUGCGAUGCUACUUUCAGCCUCACCAAGUGAAGUGUUAAAAAUGGAUUCGAACAUACAUUGAGGUGGAGGUGACACGCGGCCAAUGAGAUGAAGAUGGAGGGCGCCGUCCUCAGCGUGACAAGCAACAAUAACCGAUUCAGAACGCACCUUAAAAACGCAGCUAGUGCUAUUUGCGCGCGGACGCUGCCCAAGCAGAGGCGCAAUGAUCCGGCCGCAACGAGUAGCUCUCGCCACCAUACGUACCCUAGAGCGACGCCACCCAAGCGGGCGUCCAUCUCCUGCCGGAUGGAACCGCUCAUGUGUCCCGUGCCGCACCACGCCACGGCAUACGACUCGCCCGAGCCGGUCACCUGCGCUCUCACGGACACUCACACCACCAAAAAGUCCAACAAACUCAAGCUCAAAGGGACUUUAGCCAGGGAGGUGACGAGUGCGUGGGAGUGUCGGGUAGGUCCGGCCGACCAUCCGGCGUCCGCCGACCGAGUGCAGAGCCUCUUCAACGACAUCGAGCUCUAUCCAACUAAGACUCAGGUUUUCGAAAUGCUGGUAUGUGCGCGGCAGUGCGCGCGCCGCAAGUCUCUCACUCUCACCUUCGGAGAAUUCUGCGUGUUCGCCGCGGAGCUGCGUCGAUGUUCGAGGCAAGCGAGGCAGGUAUCGAACAAGCCCGAGUCACCGCUGUGGAAUGUCGACAAAGAGCUGCGGGAGUUACGGGAUAAGGACACCAUAUGUCGACAUGUAAACGGCAGCGAGGCGUCGCCGCCGCCUUGCGAGGUGUUCUUGGGCGGUUCCUGCAACCCGACCACCUGGAGAUCAGACAUAGCCAUUCCGAUGCUGAAGAAAAUGGGCAUCACAUAUUUUAAUCCGCAAGUGGAGGACUGGUCUACAGAAUUGAUAGAGGUGGAACACCGCGCGAAGGCCGCCGCGCGUGCUCUGUUGUUCGUACUGGACAGCGAGACGCGCGCUGUCGCCGCCAGCGUGGAGGCCGCAAACCUCGCCGCCGCGCCGCGAGACCUGCUGCUUGUGCUCAGGCCCUACACGCGCCACCAGACCAUCGGGAAUGAAACCAUCUCUGACCACGAGUAUGUGGAGUUGUCACGAGCACGCGCCACGCUACAGGAAGCAGUAGAGCGGCGCGGCCUGCCCGCCUUCACGGACAUUCCGGCAGCGCUGCGAUGCGCACGCGCUGUGCUGCGCGGCGCCCGCACGCAUCCACGACACUCGCUCGGCCACACCAUCUUGCGACUGAAGCGCGCGUAUGAUGCUGCCGGCGGCAGGAACGCUCCACUCUCGCGCAUGAGGGCUGUGGAAGCGCUGCGUGACGUCACCAGGGCGCCGCGCGAACUAGCAGACCGAUGUCUACCUCAAGUUCUUGAUACCGUCGACUUUGAAACCUUUUGCGCGGCGGUGGCGGAACUCGCAGUCGAUGCUGGGUCACCGUCGCCCCAAGCAGAGGACGCGGGGCGCGGCAUGGCGUCGCGCGUGCGCCGCGCGUUCAGGACGCUGCGGGACUUGUUCACCCCGCCCGCCACCGAAUGGCAAAGUCGCAUGGGUUCGGAGAACGUGGAGGGUGGUGAGGAUAUGAGUGGAGCUCGGAGCGGGUCCGAGCGUGUGUCCGACUCGAGUGCGCGCGACUCCAACGGGCGGCACGUGUACAACGCUCGUCUCAGAGCGUACGGACGCAAGCUGGGUUUAUUCAUUCCUAAGAACGGUGGCAGUCGCGUGUCGUGCGAGUCCCCGGGUGCGCCCGGCUCGGCGGAGAGCAGCGACGGCGUGUUCACGCCGGGCACGGAGCGCCGACUCGAGCGGCUGCCCGCUAUGCUCGGCGCGCCAAUGCACGACGUCUACCUCGCCGGCGCCUUCCCGAGCGAGGCACCGCGGCCCGAGGAUAUCAUCCGGCGAGAGGGGUUCACGUGCGUGGUGCCGCGCGCGAACGAUUACACGCGCAUGUUCUCGAGCGCGAGCGGCGCGGGCGGCGGGGGCAGCGGCGGCGGCGGGGGCAGCCGGCGCGCCGCCCCCGCGCCUGCCGAGUCGCCGCGCCGCGACAAGAAGCCGCGGCCCGAGCGCGCCGACGACGUGCAGCUGCGCGACCGCGCGCCCGCCGACCGCGCCGACCGCACCGACCGCGCCGACCGCCUCAGCGCAUCCGACUUCUACGCUGUGUCGGAGGACCACACGCCACAACCCUUCAAAGGAACGUACGACGAGGACCUGCUGCUGGGGUCGCGCGUGCUGGUGUUCUCGCUGAGCGCGGAGGCGCCGUGCUUCGCGGCCAUGGUGCUGGCGGCGCACUACAUGGGGCUGCGGCCCGACAACACCGUGCUCAUCGUGCAGCCCAUGGACCCGAAUAAGGCUACCGGGUACAGCGAGGCGGCCGUGAAGGACUACAACCGCGGGCGGCACUACCUGUCGGACCUGGCGCGGCGCUCGCGCGUGCCGGUGUUCGACUCGCCCGACGCGGCGCUCGCCUGCGUGCUCGCGCGCCUGCGCCCGCUCUAGCGCCCGCUCCAGCGCACGCUCCAGCGCACGCUCCAGCGCACGCUCCAGCGCCGGCCGGCCCUGCUCGCUACAUGUUAUAUCAAUUAUUUAUUUCAAUAUGUCUAGUAAACAAUUACAGAGCACCGCGGCACGGCGCGGUGCAAAUGUCUGACACCCGUAAUAAUGCCUACAAAAUAAUACAGUAAUCGGCCGCUUCCACCACUGCGAUGAAAUAUAACUUGAACGACUAAAUAAAGAGGAAUCUCAUUUGCUAUAAUUUAUACCCGACACAGGGGUAGAUUGCGCACUCACGUUAUACAUAAGUCUACGUUAAUCACGACUGUUGGACGCCUUGAAAAGUUGGCAAAAAUUAAAGGAUCUCUCGUUGUUUUCUAUAUUUGAUAAUUCGACCUCGGGGAAGCGGCCUCGAUCACAAUCUACGUAAUAAAGACAUCACAACUCUUAUACAUCAUAACAUUUAGAACAUGAUAUACUUUAUUUGCGUGGCAAAGAGUCUCAUAUAAUGCGUGUACUUAUUAAUUUCAAGACGUUUAGUUUAGUACAAAGAUUGUCUCUCUUUUAAUUCAUCACUCUCUAUAAAUAUAAUUGUAUUGUGUAGAUACUAAAUUGUAAAAAAGUCUUAUGAGGGUAUAUGAAAGAGAACGUAUGGUGAAGGCAACAAGUUUGUCUCAAUAUUGAAUAUAACAAAUCUCUGUGAUGAAGACGUUUAGGAAAUUGUUUUGUGAAUUUUGAUGUUCAGUGAAUAAGUAUAGUGGGUAGUGGUGGGCGAGUGCGUCCGAGCGGCAGACGCGAGAGUGUGUACUGUGCAGUGUGCAGUGACUAGUGACCAGCAGGGCGGCACAGUGACUAAACUGUUACAGCUCAUAGCGAAUGCCGAUUCACUGAUUACGACAUUGGUACAUAACGAGAGUCAUUUACUAUGUACUUACAGUGGGUCUCUUUUAGCCAAUUCUCUCAAAUUAGGUACUAAUUUAUUGGCUUAGCGCUUUUAUCGAUUUGGUUUAGAUAUAUUUCUACUGAAUCAAUUUAGAAAAAGUACAAAUAUCUUGCUCACGUAGCAAUUUUAAGAGAUUUAGUAAUUUUAUGAGGAAUGUAAUGGUAAUGCAAAUUUUAAUAUUAAAUUAACAACUUAUACUCAUUUUAUUAUAGUUGUAAUAAAUUCAUAUGAUCAACACUAAAUUUUCUUAUUAUAGUGAUCAAAAUUAAUGCUUGCAAACAAAUAAUCACAAACAGGGCUUUUGUAGCCGCGAUUCCAUAAUUUAAUUAAGCAUAGGAUUAUAACUGGGUAUACUGGUCGACCCACUGUCACGGAAAUAUUUCAUUUUUAUAUUAAAUUAAGCAAAUGGGAUUUGCUAGUCACACUCUCAUUUACAUGUAUCAGUACUUUGUUUAUAUCGAUUGAUAGUACAAAUAUCUAAUUUAUAGAAAAA